CCUCGCAUGGAGCCAGGGCAGUUUAAAAUGGUCUCAGACUGGAUUAUUGCUACAAUUUUGGACCAGGGACAUUUUACAAGAAGCUGGAAAAGUGGGAUUUAUCAGGAGAACAAAGCCUCAUGGAUGCCUUAUGUCAACUCUGUCCUCCUCAACAUUUUCCUUGUGGUGCAUGCUGUCGGGCCUACCACCCUUCCCAACCUGAUGAUCGGCGAACUGUUCCUCCAGUCGUCCCGGUCCUCAGCGUAUGUCAUUGGGGGAUUUGUGCAUUGGAUCAUACACUUUUUUACCAUCUUUUCAUACCUGCAGAUACAGCCAUACGUCGGGGCCUACAGUUUCCUUGCCUGCUUCCCUAUAUGUAUAGCCACCUUUUUAUAUAUCUACAAGAAGGUCCCAGAAACCAAAGGCAAGACCUUUCUGGAUAUAUGGAAGCUUGUGCCAGGCUAUGAGGACCAGAAAGCGGUACCUGUAUUUGAGGUGCAGCCAGACCAAGAGAAACUGGAGCAGGAACAGGAGCAGGAGCUGGAACAGGAGCAGGAGCAGGAGGAGAAUGGAGAACCCAAAGAAGUUUGA